UUUGUCUUUUUUCCUCGCAUUUUUGUUGCUUUUGUAAUGAAAAUGUGAGUAAUUCUAUUCAGAAUUAUACUUCAUUUUUAUAUUAGGUUUUUAGGAAUUUUCAAAAUAAUUUUUUUUGUACAAAUCGAAUAUGUGCCCAGGUCGACCCAGGUCGGCCGAGGGUUGACACGGUGGUUGACUUAAUUAAUGGCAUGAACGUAAACAAACGAAUUCGAAACAGAAUCGAGUAAUAGAAAUAGGUAAAUUUGUCCUAAAAGUAUAAAGAAAGCGAUGGGAAUCCGCGGAUUGUCUUCGUAUGCGAAAUCAGUUGGAAGAUUAUGGACCAAAACACAGCUGAAAGGGACGAAACUCAUCAUAGAUGGCAGCUCUCUGCUGUGGCAUCUGUACCUAAGUGAAGGGGUUGAUUAUCAACAUGGCGGAAACUACGACCAACUAGCCGAGGUUUUAUCGAACUUCUUCGAGGCAUUGGCAUCUAAUGGAGUCAAACCGUAUGUUAUAAUAGACGGGCCCACCGUUGCUAGGGAUAAAAAGCUGGAAAGGAUAAAGAAGCGGUUUGAGAAGGACAUCGAAUCAAGCUAUUGGAUAUCUACGGGUUAUGGAGGGGGGGAGUAUUCUCUACUACCGAUAAUGUCUAAAGCAGUGUUCAUUCAAGAAUUAGGGAAACUUGGAAUACCUUUUGUGAUCUGUGAUUGCGAGGCAGAUCAGGAAGUAGCUUCACUAGCCAAUCACUGGAACUGCCCUGUAAUCAGCAAUGACAGCGACUACUUCAUCUUUGAUCUCCCAGGGGGCUAUAUUCCUCUCUAUUCAUUGGACUGGAAGGGAGAGUCUAUAACUGGACAACUUUAUAAGCGCCAACGCUUGGCAAAUCAUUUGGAGAUCAGAUCAGAAUUUCUUCCACUUAUUGCUUCAUUAGUGGGAAAUGACUUCAUCCAAGAGUGCACACUUGCUCCUUUUGAGAGAGCACUUUUUCAAGGUAAUGGAGGGAACCACCGAUGUAGUACGAAAAUAUUAACCAUAGCUGAAUUAUUCUUUACUUUAAAUAAUGUUGAAGCAGCCUUGGAAUAUGCACUAGCAAUGAUACCAGGCGAAAACCAAAGAACAACACUAAGAUCUGCUUUAGAAGAAUCAAUCAAAGAGUACGAAACAUGUGACUGGACGUUGAACGAAUAUUUUGAAUUGGGAGAAAUACACACAUCAUUAAAGACACUGAAUCAGGAAGAUAUUCCUUCCUUGGUCAUGGAAAGAUAUCGAAAGGGCAUGUUUCCGGUCAAAUGUAUGGGCGUCCUUACUUCUGGGAGACAUUUCCUUCAUGUUCAAGUAGAGAAAUCCACCGAGUGCUCAGCACACGAUUGUUCAUGUGAGUUAAGGCGUAUUAUCUAUGCCAUCAUCAUGAAACCAACGGAAGGCCAAGAAUCCAAGAAAAAAAGUGAAGUCAAAGAAUGGUCAAGGAAUAGAAGAAGUGUGAAGAAAUCUCUCGUACAACCCCUUUGGGAACCCAUCCAUGGAUAUGGGGAACUCCCAAAGUUAGAUGACUUGCAAGAAACAGAGACUAGCAAAAGGCAGCAAGUGUUGUUAGUAGUCCUGAAGGCAGACACAGCACUUAUUAAKUCGUUACCAGAGAGUUUCMAGUUGUUUGCAGCGACAGUGCGCUACUGGAUCUCCAAAGCCAAACCUGGUGUUAACCAAAUAUGGGUUCAAGCAUUGUUACUAGUACAUUUAAAACUGCUUGCUGAGAGAGAAGAUAGAAAACCAUCAUCAAAGUCUAGUGAUCGUAAGAAGCUCUUGAGAUCUGAUAUUGAUAUUGAUUGCCAGCACAGCUUUGCACAGUGGCAGACUGUGAUGAUGCAGUCAAUAUCAUUGAAUCGAAUCCUCCUGGACCCUUUUGUUGAACCCAGGAUAUCUAACUUGUAUAAUGGAGUUACAGCUCAAAAAAUGGUCCAGAAGAUAAAGCAAGGUAAAAAAGCAGAAUCAUUUUUAAAGACACCAGAUAUCUUUAAGCAGCUUCAUACAGCUGUUACAGAUGGACUGGAGAUGUAUAUGGCCAAAGAGGAGAGGAACAAAGAGCUAAGUGUUGAACCAAGCAAGCAGUCUGCCAAAAAACAAGACAAGAAAACACCUAAAGUCUUGCACGGGAAUCCAUUUGCUCUGCUUUGUGAUGAUGAAUCUGAAGAUGAAUCCUAAAAAAAAAACACUGAACUCCAACCAACACACACUUUUUAAAGUAAUAGCAAAACUGGUAACUAAAUUCCUCUCGCUUAACUUCGGCCUCACAAUUCCUUGCAGGGCAAAUUCGUCUUAAGACUAUUCUUGAUCUUCAGCGGUCAAAUAAACUAUAAAAGGUAACAUCUAAAUUACUAUGAAAAAAAAUACAUUUUAUUCACUUUGUAUUCUUAUUAAAGAUUAAACUAAUAAGGACUUUGUAACUUUAUGUUAACAUUAUUUUUUCUUUUUACUGUAAAAAAAUAAUAUGUAAUAAUUGCCUUAGUAGUACUUCAUGUAAGACUACAUGAUAUGGCACUAUUCCACAAUAAAGUUUAGGGUUAGAUUUUUUGGGGGUUAGUGUUAGUGUUAGGGUUUGGAUUAGGGUUUCAGGACGUUAUAAUCAAUAAUUAAUAAUCCAAUUGUGCUAUUUUAGGUAGUCUUACAUGAAGUACUAACUGCAAGAAUGAUUCACAGAAAUGAGUAGGGUCUGGGUUUGAGAAUGACCAUAACCUUUAUCUUUCGGUUCCAGUCUUUCCUCUACAACUUACUAGAAGAGUGGGGCUAGUCAGUGCGUUUUGUAAACAUUUAAGUAAAAAAUAGCCCAUUAGUUAUUGAAUUUACAUUUACAAAGAACUAAUGUUCUUGUCAAAUAACUGAUGAGCUAUUAUGCAUACUUGCAUUGAAGUGUCAUUCCUUUACAGACUUUAAACUGCGCCUUUAAGCCUUAUUAAUAUGCAUUAGGAAACGUUUCUGCUUGUAUUUGAAAAAUUAUUUGCAUAGUUAAACAAGAGUUCUGUUUCAAAGCCUGAGUUGCUUUUGGUCAGCACCAGUAAAUGAAGGAUUUUGGUAGAAUUUAAUUUUGGAAGCCAAACAAAACUAAGAUAACUCGUUUCUAUUUUUCGCGUAUCCACGGGUUAAAAACUGUUUGACCUUCGAAACUGAGUUACUCGUUUUUGGAAACCAAAAGUAUCGCAGGAAAUUAGAAAUGCACACUCAUUUACUUUUAACAAGGAAAGCGUGUACAUCAAUGAAAAUAAAUGUUGAUAAAUGAGGUAUUUAUAGAUCCACACUAAAUAAACAUUCUUAAGUAAA